AUGCAAAGCAAAGAAGCUAAAGAGAAGGUUGACUUGGCAGUUGCGAAGUGGAUGAUUGAUGCUUCCAUCCCCUUCAAUGCAUCAAUCUCUGCAUAUUAUCAAACAAUGUUUGAUGUUGCUUGUUCUUUUGGAGCUGAUUACAAAGCGCCUAAUUUCUAUGCUUUGUGUGGCUAUUUAUUGACAAAAAAUGUUAAGCAAGUUAAGAAUUUUGUUAAUAGCUUUCAUACAACUUGGAAAGAAACUGGAUUUGAUGCCUCGGAUGCUUCUAAGACUGCAGAGAUGUUGUAUAAGCUGUUUAGAGAAGUGGUUUUAUUUGUUGGGGUGAAAAAUGUGGUACACUUCGUCACUGACAAUGCUGCCAAUUAUGUUGCUGCUGGAAGAUUAUUAGAAAGGGAAUUUCCAACACUUUAUUGGUCUUCAUGUGCUGCUCAUUGCCUAAAUUUGAUGUUGCAUGAUAUGGGCAAGUUAGAUGGGCAUAGGCACGCAACAUCAGGACUUUUGGAUGUGAUUGAGAGAUAUUCUUAUGCAAAUCCUGAUUUGAUGAGUAAUUUGAUCGGAGAGAUGAGAUUAUUUCGUAAAGCUAAAGGUGAUUUUGGUAGAGUUUCUGCUAUACGAGAUCGUGAUGUCAUGCUUCCAGAUGAAUGGUGGACAUGUUAUGGUAGCACUGCACCUAAUUUGCAAAAACUAGCUAUACGUGUUCUAAGCCAAACUUGCAGUGCUUCUGGCUGUGAAAGGAAAUGGAAUUUAUUUGAGCAUAUCCACUCAAAGAAGAGAAAUAGAUUGGAGCAUCAAAGACUAAAUGAUUUGGUUUAUGUACACUACAAUUUAAGAUUAAAUCAAAGAAAUGCAAGGGGUAGAAAUUAUGAUCCUAUUGAUUUUGAGGACUUCAGCGCCAGUGAAACUUGGAUUUUGGAUGAUGAACCUUCACAGUUAACUUCAGCUGAAUUAGAAAGUUUUAAGAAUGAAAUAGCUACAUUUGCUAUCAGCCGACAAAGUGAUGAAACUCUAAAUUUGGAUAAUUUGGACACUGGAGAUGAAGAUGAGACCAAUAAUGAAGAGAAUGUUGAAAGAAAUGAUCUUAACGCCGGCUGUGAUGUAAACGAACUUGGUGGUACUGAAUUUGGCAGAAGUUGGGAACCAUGGGCAUAA